GUUAAGCUGUGGUAGCGAGGUGUGUGUUCCUGCUCUGUUGGUCCCGGGUGGGAUUCUCUGCUGCUGUCAUCUGGAGUGCUGCAGGCAGAAAGGAGAGGAAAGCUGCCAACUGCUCAUGAGAGGUUUUCCUCAAUAUGGGUAAUGUAAGCAUUUUCGUUAGACAAGAGAGAGGAAACAGGCAUGUCAGCUCUUUGUCCACCACCAUCUCCUGCAGUUGCUAAGACAGAGAUCUCUUUGAAUGGCGAGUCACCAUUAUUAGCUGCCACUUUUGCUUACUGGGACAAUAUUCUCGGCCCCCGAGUGCGGCACAUUUGGGCUCCAAAGACAGAACAGGUACUUCUCAGUGACGGUGAAAUAACUUUUCUUGCUAACCACACCCUGAAUGGAGAAAUACUUCGGAAUGCAGAAAGUGGUGCAAUUGAUGUGAAGUUCUUUGUUUUGGCCGAAAAAAGAGUAAUCAUUGUGUCAUUAAUCUUUGAUGGGAACUGGAACGGAGACAGAAGCACAUAUGGACUGUCAAUUAUACUUCCGCAAAGUGAACUUGGUUUCUACCUGCCCCUUCACAGAGUGUGCGUGGAUAGGUUAACACAUAUUAUAAGGAAAGGAAGGAUAUGGAUGCAUAAGGAGAGGCAAGAACAUUUCCAGAAGAUUGUCUUGGAAGGCACAGAAAGAAUGGAGGAUCAGGGUCAGAGCAUCAUUCCAAUGCUGACAGGAGAAGUCAUUCCUGUAAUGGAACUCCUUUCAUCUAUGAAAUCACACAGUGUUCCAGAAGAAAUAGAUAUAAGUGACACAGUGCUAAAUGAUGAUGACAUUGGGGAUAGUUGCCAUGAAGGCUUUCUCCUCAAUGCAAUUAGUUCACACCUGCAGACCUGUGGUUGUUCUGUAGUUGUAGGAAGCAGUGCAGAAAAAGUUAAUAAGAUUGUGAGAACGUUGUGCCUGUUUCUUACACCAUCUGAGCGGAAGUGUUCCAGACUCUGUAGAAGUGAGUCCUCUUUCAAAUAUGAGUCAGGACUUUUUGUUCAAGGCUUACUCAAAGAUGCAACAGGAAGCUUUGUGUUGCCCUUCCGUCAAGUAAUGUAUGCCCCAUACCCUACUACACAUAUAGAUGUGGAUGUCAAUACAGUGAAGCAGAUGCCCCCUUGUCAUGAACACAUCUAUAACCAACGACGAUACAUGAGAUCUGAACUGACAGCAUUUUGGAGAGCUAAUUCAGAUGAAGAAAUGUCUCAAGAUCAUAUUAUCCACACAGAUGAGAGUUUCACACCUGAUUUAAAUGUCUUUCAAGAUAUCGUGCAUAGAGAUACAUUAGUAAAAGCCUUCCUGGAUCAGAUCUUUCACCUGAAGCCUGGCUUGUCUCUAAGGAGUACUUUCCUUGCACAAUUUCUGCUGGUCCUUCACAGAAAAGCCUUAACUUUAAUAAAGUACAUAGAGGAUGACACGCAAAAAGGUAAAAAACCUUUUAAGUCUCUUCGUAGCUUAAAGAUAGAUCUUGACUUGACAGCAGAGGGCGAUCUUAACAUAAUAAUGGCUUUGGCUGAGAAGAUUAAACCAGGUCUACACUCCUUUAUCUUUGGGAGGCCGUUCUACACUAGUGUACAAGAACGUGACAUGCUCAUGACAUUUUAAAGUCUUCCCUGCUUCUGAUAUUGCAGUCCUGCAGAACACGAAAUCUGUCAGUGGGACCCCCGAACUGGUGACAAGCAUUGUCGACUGAGGGUAAAGCAUCAAGAGCACAGUGACAUUGAUGUGUGUCUCAGGCAGUAAGGGUCUUGUUAGAGGGAAUUUCAGCUUAGCUAUAUAAGCAUGAUUUUAAUUAAUUGGUCUCUUCUGUGUGUUUUUUAAAUGGUAAAUGUUACCAGAGGUUACCAGAGAUUCCUUGGCCAUAUUGGCUUGGUGGAUAAAUGUGGAUAUGUUUUGGUGUAUGGUAAAAGGAAGCAUUUUAAUUUUUAUUCCCCAGAAACUUCUUUCAAGUGUGUGUCAGGUUUCACCUGUCCUGCUGUGUCAGUAUUUUCAGUGUUUCCACAGAAAACAGUAUAUAUGUCCUCACCAACCAUGGAGGUUGCAGAAAAUGCCCCUUCCAAGAGUUUCAGAGUUUUUAAAACUGUUGGUCUUCUGUAUGUGGUGCAAAUCUUAAAUAUGACUUUUACUCUUCUGCCUCUUUUGACACUAUUGCCUUCUUCUUUUAGAGCAUUUAAACGUUUGCAGUUUUAAUGUACUACGAAGUGCUAUUUCUGAGUGCAGACUAUUGAUUAUUUGCAGCUUAAGUAGCAGUACGUUGCACAUGGGAAUUAGAUCAUUACUCAAGCAGCUUUGUGCAUGUAAGUGCCAGCCAGGAUACUCUUAUCAUAUAUUUCUGGACUGUCCUGCAGUGGAGUCAGUGGUCCUGGUCAGUGAUCAGCUAACUGAGGUCUUUCAAAACACAAAACAGAAGACUUGUGUCAUUCCACAGCAGUUGUCAGUCCUUCUGUGUGUAAACUGCUACUGGUGGUUGCACUGUCAGUUUCCAUGAGGCUCGUAGAAUCAUUUAGAAUGGAAAAGACCUUCAAGAUCAUUGAGUCCAACCAUUAACCCAGAACUGCCAGGUCCACCUAUAAACCUUGUUCCUAAGUACCGCAUCUACACAUUUUUGGAAUUUUUCCAGGGACAGUGAUUCCACCACUUUCUGGGCAGAUUGUUCCAAUGCUUGACAAAAUAUUCAGAUUAAAGUAUUAGACCCUUCCAAAGAACAUCAAGAUGAUAACCAGGUAAAAGAUAAAACAGUAAUUUUUUUUCAUUUACAUCACCAUUAAUAUAUUUAAUAAUCCUUAGUUUAGAGAUGUGCACAGCUAUGAACUAAUGUGAUUAGCAUUUUAGUAAGUUAACUGUAGUCAUUAAGCUUACCUGUCUUCUUAGUUCAGCUUAGCAUAUCUCCAAUUUAGCUUGAAAAUCAAAACACGUUUUCUAUUGGUAUGUCUCAACCUUUCAUUCUCAGUAGCAUAUAGAAAAGUGCAGUGUCAGGUGAAUCCAGACUUUUUUUUUACCCAGAAAUCAGAGGUAUAUCUGUAGUGCACGUUGUAUGUCUGCUCUUUUUGGACAAGUUUAGGAAUUUCUUUGUGUCAUGUUUCAGCAUAAAGUCAUAACUCAGUCUUCACUGGAAAAGCGAAGGAGCUGCACUGACUGGAGAAGCCAUGGCUGCUUUAUUGCUUACCUUGUUUAUAGCUCUCCUUUGUAAAUAGGUCUCUGUUUUCAAGAUAGUGUUUUAGUAUUACUUUCAUGCAUUGUGGCAGAAAAGUUAGAUUCACAUUUUUCCUGAAAUGUCUAAUACUCAGAUUUUAAAAGAAAUACUGUUCUUUAUUUAGACGCCCAAAAUUCCAGUACAUUUCCUGAAAGACAAAGAUUCUCUAUCAAAUGUUUAGAGCCUCUAAAAGAUGUGAAAUUGAGCCCCAUCUGCACACCAUUUUUGUGCGUUUGCAUCAUCCGUGUUACCAGGUUGCAAAAGAACUGACAUUUUGUGCAGCCAUCUUUUUGCUGUACAUGCAUGUAGAACUCUUGCAGUAAGCUUGGUGAUUCAUCAGAGGAUCUUGUCAGAAUUACAUAAGUUACUUGUGCUGAGUUUGUCAUUCUACCACUACUGUUCCCUUCUGUGUUUUCAAUCAAGACUGAUUUCAGUUAGAGCCUGAAUGUGCUUAAGUUGUUACUCUCAUGGGUAAAUAGUGAAAGAAAUGUAAUAAACACUGCCAAAACUUCUAAUGUAGAAGUUGUGUCAAAAUAUAAGAGCUUUAAAUCUGCUGCUGAAAUUAAUUGAUAAGCAUUGGAAACUAGACACUGACACUACUAACAGUGAAGCUUUUGUUUACUGAAGAUUCUGUUACUUUUUGAAGUUACUAAAAACUGGAAAUUCAGUUGCUACUUUUGUUGCACAGCUGUCACAAGUGCAGAAUGUAUAGUGAAGUACAUUGUUAAAUGCAUCUGCAUGUUGUGUUGUAAAUCUAGCUCAGGAAACAAAGUAAUAAAAUUCAUGCACAAUUUUUGGACUUUAAUUGUUGCUGAUUUUUUUCACAGUAUUUCUGCUCUGUAUCUAAAAGCAUCAUUAUCUUUUAUGCUUUGAAAUUAAAAAGAAA